UAGGAUUCGACUUUGCCAGAGGGAGGCCUUCGCAUACUAAUUUUGUGGGUGUUGCCUAGAUGGCAAUGGAGGUGUUGGGGUACUGAUUGCGAGAGUAGGUUGCAACGUAUGACGGCCAGACUUUGGAAUGCAACCACCAUGUCGAUGUUCGGUCUCAAUCAAAGAAUUCCAGUGGAGCAAUGACAUUCUAUCGUCCAGAUCUCCACAGCGAACUUUUGAGAUUAUGUAUGUUACAAUCUAGUGAAUACAAGUCACCCAAACUUCUCCUUGGAUCUGAGGUUGCGACUGUGGAUAUCAACAACGCGACCGUUGUUCUCACAAAUGGAUCGUCUAUUUCUGGCGACUUAGUUAUCGGAGCUGACGGAGAACGGUCACUCGUGAAAGCAGCAUUCAAAGAACUAGAUACAUUACGCCCAGCACCAUAUCGCAUUUUCCGCGCCAUCGUACCAACGGAAACUUUGGUCGAUAAUAAGAGGCAGUGGCCUGUGCUGUCUUUGACAACCUCGAAGUUUGCUAUUUUCCGGAAAGGGACAAGGAUUUUGAGCUGGUUUGAGGGAAGGGAUGGUUUCCUGCAAGACCUGGAAGCGGGUUAUAAUAUCUCUCUUGAUGAAGAUCAGGGCCCAGAAACAGAUCCAGUGAAAGUUAAGCAAAAGAUGCUCCACACCUUCUCGGACUACCAUCCCAGUAUACUUGCUGCUCUGCGAAAAGCAGAGCGAGUCUCCGACUGGCCAGUCUACUACUCUACUCCCCUCGCACACCUACACAAAGGGCGCGCUGUCCUCAUCGGCGACGCUGCGCACUCUAUGCUGCCCACUACCGGCCAGGGCGGCACGCAAUCUCUAGAAGACAUAUGCGCACUUGCGAUUUUCCUGCAUAGUGAUAGUUUGAAAGGGAAAAGAGAGAGACAGGUGGAGGAGAGGUUGGCAAUGUUUGAGGAAUUGAGAAAGGAGAGGAUGGCGAUUGUGCAGGCGGGUAGUGGGAUAAUGUUUGGUGAUGAGGAGAGGUUGGAGAAAACGAAAUGGGGACAGGUGCUUAAAAGGGCGGGAAUUAGAGAUGGGGAAGGGCAUUUGAGGUUUUUGUAUCAGUAUGAUAUUUUUGAAGAGAGUCGGAAGGCGUUGGAGGAAGGGAUGCGGGCCAAGGCUCGUCUAUAGUGUUACGUUGAGCUGGAUCAAGGACAACAGCAUCCAAAUGAUCAAUCAUUGAUCUCGCGAGAAUACAUGGAUCCAGUGAUGGGGGUUCAUCCAACCAUUUUGCUAGCCCUGGAGCCAAGUCCCGUCGUCCGAUGCUCCCCGGAUUCUGUGCCACGUUAGGCUGCGGCUCUCACGAAGUAGCGCACGCUAUGGAAAGCUUCGCCUCGGUCUACAAUUUCUUGUCCCGAAGAAGCGCUUAAGUUUACGGAGUAUUUAUGCUUGUUGUUUCAUUGGAGAAACUCUAAACUAUUUCCAGCUGGCUACACCUCGGAUCGCAAGGUCGCCACGCGUCUCGCUGGCGUGGGGUAUCCACUGAAACGACGACCCGUCAAAGCGACGACGUAC